UGUCAUUACUUGGAGGUUUUUCGUGUCCCUUCAAAGUUCAACUUUUCUUUUCCCCACGCCCCCCUCCUUCGAUUUUAUUAUAACACUUCACACUCAAUGCAGAUGUUGUCUCCUCUACUUCCAAGUAGUGUUUAAGAGCCUCUCCUUUCACCUCUCCCUCAUUGAUUUCUCCUCACUUACUUUGUCCGUCCUUCUCAUCCUGCGACAUCAUGUUGCCCUUUGUUGAUUUCCUGUUUGACUAUCCCGCCAAGAUCACAGGGGCUUCUAUUGACGAGCUCAAGCUCAUUGCGUCAUUUCUCCUUUCAUAUCCUCUGGCCGGCUUGUUGAAGCGGAUUCCCGAUGCUCAGCCCUGGAAGAAGAACGCUUUCAUUAUCGCCGUAUCGCUGUUCUAUAUUGUUGGCUUGUUUGAUCUGUGGGAUGGUCUUCGCACCUUGGUCUAUAGCUCCGCGGGAAUUUAUCUGAUCGCCUACUACAUUGAUGGGUCUUUGAUGCCAUGGAUAGGCUUUGUCUUCUUGAUGGGCCACAUGUCUAUCAAUCACAUCUUUCGGCAAAUGGUCGACGAUGCUCAGGUUGUGGAUAUUACUGGUGCUCAGAUGGUCCUUGUCAUGAAGCUCUCCGCGUUUUGCUGGAACGUACAUGAUGGCCGAAUACCUCAAAGCCAGCUAUCAGACGCCCAGAAGUAUGCCGCGAUCACUCAAUUUCCUAGUGUGCUGGAUUAUUUGGGAUAUGUAUUCUUUUUCCCAUCUCUUUUCGCUGGUCCGGCUUUUGAUUAUGUCGAUUACCGCCGCUGGAUUGAUACCACUCUGUUCGAUGUACCUCCCGGAACCGAUCCCUCUAAGGUGCCCCCGACCCGAAAGAAGCGCAAGAUCCCAAGGAGCGGCACUCCCGCUACGAAGAAGGCCAUUGUCGGCUUGACCUGGAUUUUCGUUUUCCUGCAGCUAGGCUCCUUGUAUAAUCAGAAUACCCUGCUCGGAGAAAGCUACAUGAAAUACUCGUUUCUGAGACGGGUUUUCAUCAUGCACAUGGUCGGGUUUACCGCUCGAUGCAAGUACUAUGGCGUCUGGUCGCUGACAGAGGGUGCCUGCAUCCUUUCCGGCAUGGGAUACAACGGCUUCGAUCCCAAGUCGGGUACGGUCUACUGGAACCGACUCGAGAAUGUCGAUCCAUGGAGUCUCGAGACGGCCCAGAAUUCCCACGGCUACUUGGGCAGCUGGAACAAGAACACCAACCAUUGGCUACGGAACUACGUCUACCUGCGCGUCACUCCAAAGGGGAAGAAGCCCGGUUUCCGCGCCAGCAUGGCCACCUUCACAACCAGCGCUUUCUGGCACGGCUUCUACCCUGGGUAUUACUUGACGUUUGUUCUGGGCUCCAUUAUCCAGACUGUCGCUAAGAACUUCCGCCGACAUGUUCGACCCUUCUUCCUCACUCCUGAUGGCAGUAAACCCGGCCCCUACAAGCGCUACUAUGAUGUCAUGAGCUGGCUCGUCACUCAAAUCACCAUGUCCUUCACCGUCAUGCCCUUCAUCUUCCUCUCCUUCGGCACUUCUGUCGCCGUCUGGCGCAGUGUCUACUUCUAUGGCAUUGUCAGCAAUCUUCUCUCGAUUGUAUUCUUCGCCAGUUCCGCUAAGGCCAUCCUCGUCAAGAAGCUCAAAGCGCGCGGCACUAACAGGCCGUCACGCAUCUCACGCACGGCCAGCACUGAGUCUCUCCGGCAACCACCGACCCUGGGUCUUCCUAAUGACGCCAUGCAGGAAUUUGAUGACGCCGUCCAGGAGAUAAUCUCCGAAAUCGAAUCCCGUCGCAGGCGCGGCAGUGUCGUCACUAUGCCCACGGGCGAAGAGCUGAAGAUUGCAGUCGAGAAUAAGAUGGGCCGCAAACUUCCCUGAUUCUCGACAUCGAUUCUGCCCGUAAGCUAUGGCAAGGGUGUGGAUGGAUGGGGAGGAAUAGCCACGUGAAAGACGAUAAUACAACGCCUGACCCAUCCUUUCUUACCUCCAGCACGAGUUAUUACGAUACCCUUCCCUUUUGAGUGGGUUGGUUAGUCUGCCAAGUUGCGUCUCAUCAUCAUGGCUGGGUCCCAAGAAGCUGGCCGAUCAAUCUUCUUGGAGGGACUUGUCAGAGCUUAAACCUAGAAUUCGGAUCGAGAGCUUCGCACAGUUGUUCGGUAAUUCCAUCAUGCAAUAUAUAUCCACCAAUGUAUUGUGUUCUUUAUAUAGUCCUUGAAACCCUGCUCGAACUCACAGCGAAAGGGUAACGAGAGGACUGAUGUAAAAUAGACAAAUGAAAGAAGG